AUGAGUGCCCCUCCUCAAAUAUUUUUUUCCUCCAACGUCAAGCACAUGGACGAAUGGGCCAGCCGCACUGGCAUACCACUCACAAGCGCCGAAGCCCUUGGCACUCUGUAUGCGCGCGCACACAACUGGCUUCUCGCUCUAAAGGACCAGCUCGUGCGCAAUCAUGGCUUUCUUGAGAAGGCUGCCGACCCCCGUAUGCUUUUUUCCAUCGAGUGCCAACCCCCGUUCCGCUCGUCGGGAGGCCUUCCGCGCACACCGCCCUUCAAUCUGCAGCUCCCACUCCACGCCUCGACCUUCUUCUCUCCGGAGCGCAGGAUACAGUGGGAAAUGGUCUUCCAUAGCGCACUUUUUCCAGCCAUGCGCCACUCGUGCCAGCCUAUCGCAGACAUUUUGCACUUGUUGCAGUGUUUGCUGACCGGAAUGCUUGUGCUCGUCAAGGAGGAAGAAGUCCCAGGCGAAGGAGUUUGGAGGACAACUCGUGGCCUUCCCCCGCCAGAGUGGGUCAGCGCGAACGAGGCGAUCCUUCUUCAGAUUUUCGGUUCGUCACAUUACCGCAAGCUGUUCCGCGCCGCAAACGACAAACGACUCGCGUUCAAAGUACAUCUCGAACCACCGUCGCGUCGUUAAACGCGGCGUUCUUCGACAUUCUCCGCAAUCGCCGAUGUCCGCAUCGCCUUUCGUACUUUAAUUGCUCAAUUGUUGUGUUUUGUGGUCAUACAUCAGAACCACGUGUCGGGUGUAUCCGUCUGUCUGGAAGUGCCUGCCGGCCGUGGAACUUCCGCCUCUACAAAAAAUUAAUUAUAAUCCUGGACGUGAGCGUAACCGCUCUUGUUCGUGUUCCCCUAGCCUAUACUCUUGAUUAUUCUUGCUAUUAUCUUCUUUUCCCGACGUUUAUUUGUUGCCUCCUUGCACGCCACUUCCCGUGCUUUUCGCUUGACAUUUUCCUCGUUCCGAUUUUGUUACUUUGCCAUUCUCAAGCACACUCUGCUUAUAGAACGCCUCUCUCCGUCUCUUGCUCUGCACGUCAGCCUAUGUAUAUCAAGUAGUAGCUUAUUCGUUGCAUCAUCGUCCCGUCUAAUUAUCUUACUAUCAUCGAGUUUAUUUUUCUUUUUGUCUCUGGUCGUACUUUUUUUAACUUUCAUUAGUCUUUUUUUCUACGUUCUCCCGCUGUAAAUGUAUUACAAUCCACUUUUCCUUCUUUCGCCCCAUCCGAUUCUGUCAUGUGUCAUAUGUUGCAUGUUUC